AUGAAUUCGCCGUGUUCAUCGUCUUCUUCGAAUGGCAGCUCUUUUGACGAAAAUAGUCCAAAUAGUGAUACUCAUGGAAAACCAAAACGAAUUAUAAUAACAGGCCCAAAAAUUUGCGAAGUUUGUCUGGGAAAAGCAACUGGGCAUCAUUAUACCGUACCUUCUUGUAAUGGUUGCAAAUCUUUUUUUCGGAGAAUUAUAAUUGAAAAUCUAGAAUAUAAGUGUCAUCAAGACAAUAGAUGUUUUGAUAAUUUGAAUUUUGGAGAUCCAUUGCCGAAAUGUCGUGCUUGCCGAUAUGCACGAUGUGUUGACGUGCCCUUAAAAUCACUUCAAUCUCAAAUAUGCGAUCUCAUUAAUAAUUUAGUUCAUUUGGAUGUUCAAACAAGAAAGUUUCGCGAAUCGUCUUACAAGCCUCAAUUAAAUCUUGUGCUCUCAGACAUUGUUGCGGAUGAUAAUUCAUUACUGUCAAUGGUUGAUAAAUUGGAGCCAUUGGAUGCAAUUUCAGAGGGAGGAUCUCAAAAGGUUUCAAGACGAUGGUUUCCAUUCGAUAUUCGGCUUUCUAUCGAACAUGUCAAAACAUAUCCUUUGUUCAGAAAACUACCUCAUUCAGAUAGGUAUCAUCUCAUUCAAAAUACUGCAAUAAUGCUUACAAAUCUGAGCAAUACAUUCUUCAGUUAUUCGAAAAAAUCCGACACGAUUGUGUAUCCCGAUGGAACUUUUAUUAAGUGUCCCCCAUUUUGGGAUUCUCACACCGAAAAAAUGGCGAGAUCUAUCGGUAAACGACUGUUCGGUCCAAUGAUUCGAUUAAAUUUGGACAAUAUCGAACACUUAUUGCUUAAAGCAAUUGUAAUAUGCAAUUCAGGUAUUGGCGAUUUGUCAGAUGAUAGUAAGCAAAUAGUGAGUACAGAGCGAACGAAAUAUGCAAUGGCUCUAUUUCAUUACGAAUUGGCAAAAUGUGCAUCCGAAGGACCAGCUAGAAUGGCGAAUAUUUUGAACAUCGUUGACCUGUUGGAACAUCAGCAAAGAGAUCAGAGGGAUAUGAUUCUAUUUUUAUCUAUGACGAGAACACCAAAGUGGAAGUCACUAUUUUUGAAGGACCUUUUUAAUGUUUAA